GCCGCCGCGGCUGCUCCGUCCUCCGCCGGCGCGGGAUCCUCAGACAGCCCGGGACGCGGAGCCGAGCGAGUGCAGCCGCCGACGUUGGCACCCCGCGCCGCCGCAGCAUGAGCGCGCCCGGCCCGGCCCUCGGCCUCCUCCUGCUGCUGCUCUGUGCCGCGCAGGUGUUUUCACAGUCCUGUGUUUGGUAUGGAGAGUGCGGAAUUGCAUUUGGAGAUAAGAGGUACAAUUGCGAAUAUUCUGGGCCACCAAAACCAUUGCCAAAGGAUGGGUAUGAUUUAGUGCAGGAGCUCUGUCCAGGACUCUUCUUUGGCAAUGUCAGCCUUUGUUGCGACGUUCAGCAGCUUCAAACGCUGAAGGACAACCUGCAGCUUCCUCUACAGUUUCUGUCCAGAUGUCCGUCCUGUUUUUAUAACCUAAUGAACCUGUUUUGCGAGCUGACAUGUAGCCCUCAACAAAGUCAGUUUCUGAACGUUACAGCAACUGAAGACUAUGUUGAUCCUGUUACGAACCAGACGAAAACAAAUGUAAUAGAAUUGCAGUACUAUGUUGGCGAGAGUUUUGCUAAUGCCAUGUACAACGCGUGCAGGGAUGUGGAGGCCCCCUCAAGUAACGACAAAGCCCUGGGAAUCCUGUGUGGGAAGGAAGCCGAAGCCUGCAAUGCCACCAACUGGAUCGAGUACAUGUUCAAUAAGAACAACGGCCAGGCACCCUUCACUAUCACACCCAUUUUUUCAGACCUUCCAGCCCAUGGGAUGGAGCCCAUGAACAAUGCCACCAAGGGCUGUAACGAGUCUGUGGACGAGGUCACGGGGCCGUGCAGUUGCCAGGAUUGCUCAGUGGUUUGUGGCCCCAAGCCCCAGCCCCCGCCUGCUCCUGCUCCCUGGAGAAUCUUGGGCCUGGACGCCAUGUAUGUCAUCAUGUGGACCACCUACACGGCCUUUUUGCUCAUGUUCUUUGGAGCAUUUUUUGCCGUGUGGUGCUACAGAAAACGAUAUUUCGUCUCCGAGUACACUCCCAUUGAUAGCAAUAUCGCUUUCUCUGUGAAUGCCAGUGACAAAGGGGAGGCGGCCUGCUGCGACCCGCUCGGGGCGGCGUUCGAGGGCUGCUUGAGGCGGCUCUUCGCGCGCUGGGGCUCUUUCUGCGUCCGAAACCCCGGCUGCGUCGUCGUCUUCUCCCUGGCCUUCAUCGCCGCGUGUUCCUCAGGCCUGGUGUUCGUCCGGGUCACCACCAACCCAGUGGACCUCUGGUCCGCCCCCAGCAGCCAGGCGCGCCUGGAGAAAGAGUACUUCGACGCGCACUUCGGGCCCUUCUUCCGCACGGAGCAGCUCAUCAUCCGGGCCCCACACGGCCACGUGCACACGUACGAGCCGUACCCCUCGGGAGCCGACGUGCCCUUCGGCCCUCCGCUCGCCUUGGAGGUUCUGCACCAGGUUCUUGACUUACAAACAGCCAUCGAAAACAUUACUGCAUCUUAUAACAACGAGACUGUGACACUUCAAGACAUCUGCUUGGCCCCUCUCUCACCAUAUAACAAGAACUGCACCAUUAUGAGUGUGUUAAAUUACUUCCAGAACAGCCAUUCCAUGCUGGACCACAAAGUGGAGGACGACUUCUUUGUGGAAGCGGAUUACCACACGCACUUUCUGUACUGUGUCCGGGCUCCUGCCUCCCUCAAUGAUACGACUUUGCUCCACGAUCCUUGUCUGGGCACGUUCGGUGGACCCGUGUUCCCGUGGCUCGUGUUAGGGGGCUAUGAUGAUCAAAACUACAAUAACGCCACAGCCCUUGUGAUUACCUUUCCUGUCAAUAAUUACUAUAACGAUACGGAGAAGCUCCAGAGGGCUCUGGCCUGGGAAAGAGAGUUUAUUAAUUUUGUGAAGAACUAUAAGAAUCCAAAUCUGACCAUUUCUUUCUCUGCUGAACGAAGUAUUGAGGAUGAACUAAAUCGUGAAAGUAACAGUGAUGUGUUCACUGUUGUGAUCAGCUAUGCUGUCAUGUUUCUGUAUAUUUCCAUAGCCUUGGGGCACAUCAAAAGCUGUAGCAGGCUUCUAGUGGAUUCUAAAAUCUCCCUUGGCGUCGCGGGCAUCCUCAUCGUGUUGAGCUCCGUGGCGUGCUCGUUGGGCAUCUUCAGCUACAUUGGGAUCCCUCUCACCCUCAUUGUGAUUGAAGUCAUCCCGUUCCUGGUGCUGGCUGUUGGCGUGGACAACAUCUUCAUCCUGGUCCAGACCUACCAGAGAGAUGAACGUCUUCAGGGUGAAACCCUGGAUCAGCAGCUGGGCAGGGUCCUAGGAGAAGUGGCUCCUAGCAUGUUCCUGUCAUCCUUCUCAGAGACUGUUGCAUUUUUCUUAGGGGCGUUGUCGGUGAUGCCAGCCGUUCACACUUUCUCUCUGUUUGCGGGACUGGCAGUCCUCAUUGACUUCCUUCUUCAGAUUACCUGUUUUGUGAGUCUCUUGGGGCUAGACAUUAAGCGUCAAGAGAAAAACCGGCUGGACGUCCUUUGCUGUCUGAGAGGCUCUGAAGAUGGAAUGAGUGUCCAGGCCUCUGAGAGCUUCUUGUUUCAGUUCUUCAGAAACUCCUAUUCUCCACUUCUGCUGAAGGACUGGAUGCGGCCAAUUGUGAUAGCAGUGUUUGUGGGUGUUCUGUCAUUCAGUAUUGCGGUCCUGAACAAAGUAGAAAUUGGCUUGGAUCAGUUUCUUUCAAUGCCAGAUGACUCCUACGUGAUCGAUUAUUUCCAGUCCAUCCGUCAGUACCUGCAUGCGGGUCCACCCGUGUACUUUGUCCUGGAGGAAGGGCACGACUACACUUCUCUGAAAGGGCAGAACAUGGUGUGCGGGGGCAUGGGCUGCGACGACGACUCGCUGGUGCAGCAGAUAUUCACCGCGGCUCAGAUGGACAGCUAUACCCGAAUAGGCUUUGCGCCCUCCUCCUGGAUUGACGAUUAUUUUGACUGGGUGAAGCCGCAGUCUUCUUGCUGUAGGGUCUACAAUAGCACUGACCAGUUCUGCAACGCUUCAGUGGUUGACCCGGCCUGCGUCCGCUGCAGGCCUCUGACGCCAGAGGGCAAACAGCGGCCUCAGGGCAGAGACUUCAUGCGGUUCCUGCCCAUGUUCCUUUCCGAUAACCCGAACCCCAGGUGUGGCAAAGGGGGACAUGCUGCUUACAGUUCAGCAGUUAACAUCCUCGGCAAUGACACCGGUGUUGGAGCCACUUACUUCAUGACCUACCACACGGUGCUUCAGACCUCUGCUGACUUCAUUGACGCCAUGAAAAAAGCCCGCCUCAUCGCCGGUAACAUCACCAAAACCAUGGGCCUUGAGGGCGGUAAUUACCGUGUGUUCCCAUACAGUGUGUUCUAUGUGUUCUACGAGCAGUACUUGACCAUUAUUGACGACACCAUCUUUAACCUCGGCGUGUCCCUGGGCGCCAUCUUUUUGGUGACCGUGGUUCUCCUGGGCUGUGAACUGUGGUCUGCAGUGAUCCUGUGUGUCACCAUCGCCAUGAUCUUGGUCAACAUGUUUGGCGUCAUGUGGCUGUGGGGCAUCAGUCUGAAUGCGGUUUCCUUGGUCAACUUGGUGAUGAGCUGUGGCAUUUCCGUGGAGUUCUGCAGCCACAUAACAAGAGCGUUCACAGUGAGCGCAAAGGGAAGCCGCGUGGAACGCGCAGAAGAGGCGCUCUCACACAUGGGCAGCUCUGUAUUCAGUGGAAUCACACUAACAAAAUUUGGAGGGAUUGUGGUGUUGGCCUUUGCCAAGUCUCAGAUUUUCCAGAUAUUUUACUUCAGGAUGUAUUUAGCUAUGGUCUUACUAGGAGCCACUCAUGGGUUGAUAUUCCUCCCCGUCUUACUCAGCUACAUAGGACCAUCAAUAAAUAAAGCCAAAAGCUUGGCCACUCAAGAGAGAUACAAAGGUACAGAGCGAGAACAACUCCUAAAUUUCUAGCCCUCUUCCGGCUUUGGGGCCUGGGAACUGUGUCCGCGUCGGUCAGUUCCCGCCGGACAGUAGCUGCAUUGUCAAGGCUGAGUUGAACACUGGAUGUUUGCAAACGUCAGGCUCUUUAACAGCAGCCGCUUCGGCCACAGCGCUUUAAACUCAGGAACGCACACUGACUCGUGAAGCAGUGUUAACUCUGAAGGCAACCCCAGGACACUAGAGCGUCUGCCGGUUCUCCAGGAAGGAAACCUAAUUAAUUCUUCAGCAAGUGGAAGGUGCCAGUAGGAUGGCUGCGAAUGUGAUCUGCUCACUGACACUUUUAAAGGCCACUCAAUGCAACGUUUCCGUUUUUUUGGGGGGAGUAAGCCAUCACACAAGUUCUAUACCAUAUUUUUAGUAACAUUUGAGGAUGUUGUCGAUACACUUUAUUAUAACAUUUUGUUGUUUAAAGAGCUUUAUUAAUGCAAUAAAUUAACUUUGUACACAUUUUUAUAUAUAAAAAGAAAACUAGCAAGUCAUUUCAGAAUGUUGUAGGCCUCAUGAGAGCUUGUUCUCCAAAAACCUGUUUGAAAAAAGCAACGUGUUCUUCACAGUGUUCUCCUAUAAAGGAAAAUACAGAUUUAAUCCGGGAGAUGUGGCAUGAAAAGAGGAAACCAAGAGAUGUAGAUACUGGGUUUUAACUUAUUUUUCUUUCAUAAAAUACUUUGUUUUCCUAA